AUGGCAUCAGUUACUGUCAAACAACCAUGUACCAAAUGUGAUAAAGGUGGAGGAGUCGCCACAUGUGGUGGAUGUCAACAAUGCUUGUGUGUAAAACACUUCAAUGAACAUCGACAAGAGCUUGCUACAGAAAUAGACAAUUUAGGGGAAGAACGUGAUCUACUUCAACGGAAUCUGAUCGAAGACAUUGCUGCAUAUGAUUUUCCAUCUUACGUGAAUGAUUGGGAACAAAAAUCGAUUGCGAAGAUUCAAGCAGCAGCAGAGCAAGCUCGAAUAGAUAUACAAAAAUAUCUCGAUGAUAAAAAGCAACAAUUGAAGACAUCUCUGGCUCAAGUGACUAAUGAAUUAAAAUUGGGUCGUCAAUCAAAUGAUUAUACAGAAAUAGAUUUGAAGAAAUGGAUGGAACAAAUGAAACAAAUUCGAGAGACGCUUGAAAACCCAUCAACUAUUCUCAUUAUUGAUGAUAAUAACACAGAAUCUAUUAUUCAUCUAAUUCAAGUAAAACAAACUGAGACGACGGAUAGAGCAAUCAGAUCAUUAGAAGAAGCUGCCAUUGUAACAAGAUCUGGUAGGUGA